AUGACUUUGCUUUUGCAAGUGGCCAGCUCCGCCAAACAGCUCCACACGAGGCUUCACUGCAAGCUUCAGGAUCUGGCCUCCUGGUCUCCCAAUGACACUCUCUGCCCCAAGGCACGAGGACUUUCCCCGCAGCAUGCGAAGCUGUGUGUUGGCUGUGCGGCCGUGCUUCCCCUGCCUCCUCUCAGCAAUCGCCAAUUCUGCAGCUGCAGAUCUCUGCGUUGUGCACUGAAAUGCCAUCGCACGUUUCCCAGCGAAACCUGUACAUCCAGCUCCUCGCAAGCCAUCACUACCAAGCACAGCCUCGCGCGUAGUGUCCAUCGACUGGGGCCGUGUUCAAAGAGCGCAAGGCAUGGCAAUGCUGUCGCAGGUGGCAAUCUCCACAGCCAAAUGGCUCCAGACAAGAUUCUGCACGACUCAGACAAACCAGAUCGACAGAGCUUCCAACACAGUCCUCAGCACUUGGAGCCCAAACCUCCUACACUCCCAAUGUAUCCGUCGCGCAGGCUGCUAUAUUUGGUAUUUCUGAAAUCCGUGGUACGUGCACAGGCUGCAAAGGCGUCUCCUUGUGCAGUCGGAUGCUGA